CAGAUUUACCAACAGGAUGGGAGGAAGGAUACACAUUUGAGGGUGCUCGCUGCUUCAUCAAGUAAGGCAUUCAGCUGUAUUUUUCUUCCUUUGUGUUUCCCUGUGCUGUGUGUAUUACGUUUGUUGGCAAUCAUGUUUCAUUUACUGGGUAAUGGCAGAUUGUGGGGUUUUUUUGUGUUGAUUAUUUUUAUGGGCUAAACGGGAGAAUGGCUCAUCAAUUAGAUCACAAUUGUCGUCAAUGCAGUGAAUGAUUACCCCUCGAUUGCAUGUGCUUAAUUGCCUCUGUGGAUGUAGGUUGGCUGGACGUGGGUGUGUGGGUAUGCUGGUUUAUCUAUAUGUGCUUGGGGCACAUGUACAUUCAUGUGUGUCUGCAGAUGGGUAACCAUGACAACAGCAGCCCAAAGCAGGGAUAUGGUGGCAGGCACGGAACCUGUGUGCCAUCCUUUUCUCUCAGUAGAAAGAGAUGCCGAGAUUACACGUCUCUUCAUUUCCUCUUCACCCGGUCCAUUUUUUCAUACUCAGUCAUUUUACGUCUUGUUUUCAUUCAGAAUGCGCAUGCAGUCAUUCACUACACAGUGCAACCCAUUUCUGUCGACACCCCUCGGACUGGCUGACCGGUGUCGACAUAAGCGGUUGUCGACGUAACCGAAAUGGAAACCAGAACUAGCCAUUGCUUGCGCAUUUAUUUUGUCCAGAGACAGAAGAACGGCCAAUAAUUCUGGAUUUUUGACAUGGUUUUCCUAAUUUCUAAUGGCCUAUUUCUUGUAGUAUAUUAAAGUUGCUCCAGAAAACAACAAAAAGACACAAAUAUUAUUAUAUAUUAUUGAUAUUUUAGCUAGGGGUGUCCCCAUCCGAUAUUGAUAUCGGAUAUAAAAUAAAUCCCAGAUUAUAUUGGCCUGCAUCUAAAAUCUCAGAUACAAGCAGUUGAUUCCGGACUCCAUCCAGCACGUCUAUCCAGCAGCAGCAGGAUAGAGCUCAUGUGAUUACAACAACAGCGUGUCUUAGCAGAGUAGCAAGGAGUGGGAGUGAUGUCAGCCAUGUGUGUUUUUUUUUUUUUUUUUGAAGACGUCACUGAGUGCAAAACUUUCAAGUUUUCCUGUGGUGGCACAGAAACGGGGAAGUUUAACACGACCAAACUCAUCGCAUAUUUGAAGCAGCGUCCCACAGGAAACUCCCACAGGAUGACAAGAAGUCAUUAGCUAUAACAGAAAAGAUGGCCAGCCCCUACCCUAGCAGCCACGACAUAGUGGAUAAAACUAUACCCCAGAUGAAGUAAAUGGGUUUGUUUUUCUCUUACUUAAUGUUGCUCAUUAUUGUGCUUUGUUUGAGUAAUAUCACUUGAUCAAGCCUUUUUUUUAACAUUCCAAACUACAAAAUGUGUAAAAAGUAUGUAUGAUUUGUGCUGAUAUUGGAUUGAAAUCCGUAUCGGCUAAUAUUCAAGGCCGCAAUAUUGGUAUCUGCUCGGAAGUGAAAAAGUUGGAUCGGGACUCGGCCUGUCACGAUAAGAAAUAUAACAAAAAUAUUGACGAUAUUCGAUAAUUUCGUCAUAUUUUUGAUGCCAUUUUUCAUAGAUCAUGAGGUGUAAUGCACAUUUGAACCACUAAAUGGUACUCAAGUAUAGCGUAUAGCUUCAGUCAGUCACUUGCUUGACACACAAGUUGAGAUCAUUUUUUCAUUAUUUUUAUGGCAUAAUGCGAGUACAUCGUAUGAAAUGCAAUAAACUUUAAUUGAUCAAGAGUAUUUAUUAUAAUCGGAAUGUCAAGAUGGCAUUUCUGUGUGGAGUUUGCAUGUUCUCCCUGUGCGUGCGCGGGUUUUCUCCCGGUACUACGGUUUCCUCCCACAUUACAAUAACAUGCAUGUUAGGUUAAUUGGCAACUCUAAAUUGUCCAUAGGUAUGAAUAUGAGUGUGAAUGGUUGUUUGACUAUAUGUGCCCUGCGAUUGACUGGCGACCAGUCCAGGGUGUACCCCGAAGUCAGCUGGGAUAGGCUCCACCAUACCCACGCGACCCUAAUGAGGAGAAGCGGCAUAGAAAACGGGCGGAUGGAUGGAAUGUCAAGAGGUUUUAAAUACAAAACAUUAAACAAACAUAAACAAAAAAUUUAAAAAAAAAUCGUUCUCCCAGGCAAAUAGCAAUCGUACUGUCUGUCAAACAUUUCUAACAUUUUCCGAAAUGUUGGCUUUUCCACCGUAUUGAAUGGUUGCAUUUUUUUUGCGUUCGCCUUAGAAACUACCGCUUCUGUGCUUUGAUUCAUGUUAGCAUAUGUUGUCUCAGGGCUAAUUUGGUCGUCCAGUGCCACCCGCCUGGCUCACUAGUAGCCCCGCCUCCACAAAGAUGUUGAAUGAGAGGGCAGAGGGAUCACUCUCAGCAUUCAUUCCACGACAGAAUCAAUGCGCACAGACAGAUGAAGAGUGAACCCUCUUGUCAUCCAGCUUGUGUAGCACAGAAAGACCAGCAGAUGGAGCACACACACACACACGCACAUACAUGUCAAUUUAGCACUCAUAAUUAUCCACCUGGGUUUUUUAUAUCAUUAGGCCUAAUCGGGACACACCUACUGUUAGUAGAUCAGCUUUCUGCAUGCAGUUUGUUUUAAUACACACAAACCUUUAGUAGAUCAGGCCCUGUUUUUACUGUUUUAUUGUGUUUUAUUGUUUUUACUUUUCACAGUGGUUAACUUAUUACAGCAUUUCCACACUUAUACAAUCGUGAAGAAUGUUAAAAACGUACUGGUGACAGUCUGACCCUAGAACUGAUCAAUGCUAUUUUCAGUAUGUCCUAUGAGGAAACAAACAAAACUAAUGUCAGUGGUACGUGUGUUUGACCUUGGAUGUUUUUCCUGUAAAUGCCCCAUUUGCUGCAUUACAUUGGUAAUGUGAUUUCAUUUAUUCUUGGUUUAUGGAUAAUUUAUGGUGUUGAGGUGAAAACAAACUGAAGGUUUGCCACUUGUAGUUCAUGUGUAUUUUUCAAGGUGUCCAGCUGCAUUUCGGUUACUGGGAAUACACCAAACCGAUGUCAACGGAGGAAUGGCAGAAAUGACAAAAGAACUGAAUAUCUUUAAUAGCUGUUUCUCUGGGCUUGGAAGAAAGCAGUUUAUGCGUUCACUGGUUGUUUAGAUGACUGCUUGAUAUUCAUCUGGAGUGCUGCACAGCACCACUGAAAACUCUGCACUGUGUGUUUUGUGAACAAAAAACAGACAUGGGAUUCAUAGCAUUUUUGACACAAAUCCAGGCACAUGACAAAAGAGGCAAGCAUUGUUUUUAGCCCAUCUAGAAUAAGCAUUUGGCGAUAGUUUGAAACACUUGGGACGACUAUUGGAUUUAAGUGUGUUAAUUGAUCUACUGGAUUGCAAGCAGCAAAUGUUGGCAGCUGUGAUAUAGGGCAGCAUUUGCAAGUUUACAGUAUGAUGUCUGCAAUGUCAUCGGCAUUUUACAAGCUUUGUAAAUCAACAACAUAUUUUUUCCGCAAUGCAAUCUUCCUGUUUUGACUCGCUUCGCUCUUCUUUUCUGUGUGGCCGCUAAAUUGCUGCUGUCACACCAGCUGAGAUUGUCCCUGCAAAGGUAUCAAAAUGCAAGUGGGAAUCCACACAGAGUCGAAUUCUGCCUUUGUUGCCAAGCAACGCAAGAGUGUGUCAGAUUGUGUAUUGUUUUUUGGGGGGGGGGUUUUUGGUAGGGUUGUAGAGAGCUGUGCACCUUCUUGUACACCCUCUUCAAUAUAAUUAUGUUGUAUGCGUCAUUCUAGCAGCACGACGGAAUCAUGGGUAGCAUGUCUGCCUCACAGUCAGGAGAUCCGGGUUAUAAGAAUAGGAAUAGGAAUAUCAUGAGGGUUUUCUCCGGGUGAUCCGACUUCCUCCCAAAGCCUAAAAACAUGCAUGUUAGGCUGAUUAGAUGCUCCAAGGUGUGGAUGUGCGUGUGAAUGGUUGGUGACCAGUCCAGGGUGCACCCAACCUCUCGCCUGAGAAAAUGGAGGCUAUAUUGUAAGAUUACAGUACUAGCAAGAAUAAUGCGGUGUUCUUUGAAUAACACAUUUGAAUGAAUGAUGAUUUCUAAACUAGUUAUCCUCAGUUUGUUGGAAAAAAUAAUAAUGAUACCAGGGUUUUUUGAAGCUGUGGUGGUGGGCUACAUUGUCAUUAAAUACAGGUGUCGCGUUUGAAUCGAACACUUAAAUAUUCUUUGGUGAACUACUCAACAACAGCUGAUUGAGCUUUUGGAGACCCCUGUGAUAGCAUCACUGUCUAAAUCUGUACACACGACGUGAUUCUGUUGCACAACUUUGUCACACAAAUAGCGUUUUUAAGACAAGCCAUAAGUAUUAUAAAUGAUAACGAGAGCAACAUGGUGAUCGUAGCUCGUAGCUUGCCCGACCAAAACGAGCUAGCUAGAUGCAGGCAUGUCCACAAAAAUGCCAGAAAGUGGAAUGAGAUUGAAACGUGAGCGAUCACACACGCUGGCAUAGGUAGGCUUACCAUGUGACACACUGUCGUCAGUUGACUAUACAUGUUUGGGUUAUUGUUCAUUCUACCCAUAAUAAGAAAAAAAAGUGAACGUCAACAGAAGACGUGUCGCGUAUCUGGUCACAUACACUAUACCGAGUGCCAGUAAGGCAGACAGGUGAUUCCGGUGUACGCUAUUUAUACUGUAUAUGUACUGUAUCCGAAAAGCAUAUGUAGAUCUGUUCAUACAAUAUAAUACUCUGGCGUCUUUUAUUUUGUAGUGGCGCACCACCACAAUCAGUUACAUGCAGCGGAAACCCUGGAUAUACUAAUCAAAUGCUGGUGCACUUACAGUAUUUAAUAAUAUAAUGAGAUGUUUAUACAUCUUGAACAGCAUAACUAUUAAAGUUGUGUAAAAGCCCCUUGAGUACAGCCAUGACUCAGAUGUGGUCCGUGAUGAAAACAUGUUUGACAUCCCUGGACUCAGGUAAUGAAAUCCUGGCAGUUUAUAAAUCCUGGAUGGGUGCAUUUUAGUUCCAAAAAGAGUACAUGUUUGGGGAAAAGAAAACAUUUGGUCACACAUUUAACUCAAUUGAAUGUGACAGAAAUAGAAUGUACAGAGCAUGACCAAGUGGUUAAAUGUCACUGAGACAGAUUACUUGGACCAUGCCUACUGUCAGGGUGGUGUUGGGAUCAGGGGAUAGUAACUCAAGAGCAUAUAGCCUCAUUGUUCUGUAAUAUGCGGAAACUGGCCUCUUUUUAUUCCUGCCUUUUUUGCUUGUGUUUGACAUUUGUUCAUGCCGCUACAUGUAAUUGUAAAAUAAAAGCCGCCACACCUUUUAAAGCUUCAAAAAAUAAGAGGGGAAACCCUGCCAUGCAUAAAUUGCAUCUUGCUAACUGCUUGCUGCAGUGAUAUCUAAUAGCAGAAUAAAACUUCAGUGUCUCUUCUUGUGAACACUGUUACACUGGAGUUACAAUUUUUCAUCUGUCAUAUUUUAGGGCACACUCACACCGGAUCGGUUUGCAUGAAGGUAGCAAAGACUCUGGCCUAGUGUGACCAAGAGUCUCCAAAUGGAACACCUAAUCCUAACUUUAGAACAAAACCUGUGUAAAAUACUGCAUUUUUGGAUUAGUUACGAACUCAUGCAUACUGUGUUUUCCAGUCAAUACUUACAAAAUAGUUACUACGAAGGCAUGUUUCUGGGGUUCGAGGACAGCUUUACAUUUACCUUGGCUACUUUUUAAAGCAAAAAAUCCAGGAAUUACAUUAGAAGGGGUUAAUUGUAAUUACGGUAAUAUUGUAGUAUGGUAAAAAAAAAAAAAUGUUCGCAAUGUAUAUGAUUACAAGGAUUGGAUUUUUCAGUAUGUAGCCCAUAGUGUAGAGCCCUGGUCUACACUAUUUCAGCAUCAUCAGCCAACUCAAAUACUUAAGCAAACAAUAUCAAAGUUUUCCAAUCCACACAUCGAGCAUCAAAUCCAUGCAUAUUUCUUGUCGCAAUAAGCAAUUUCUGAUUUUGCCUCUUUAUUUAAUCUAUACCAUUUACAAUAUACACAAAUCUUUAUUCACACUUAUACUGUAUGUGAUCUAAUUUGUAAAUGAAAAUCAUUGGUAUGACGUCUGACACGUUGUCCUCGCUCUCCUUGUCCCCCAGAGAGCCUCGUCAGACAGGGCGAGUUAGCUCCGCUGCCCUUUUUCCACCCACUGACAGCUGACACAACAGCGAGCCUUGCUGGCCAUCAUUCAUCAGCUCGCGGGAGGAGGGAUCGUGUUAAUUCAUAGACUUUUCUAUUGACUCACCUUUAUUACGUUCAUGCAUGUGCUGGCAAGUCAGUGAUCUUGCUGUGUUUUUGUCUUUUUGUUCAUUUCUCUUAAAAUCCACUGUCUACUGCUCUUCCAUGACGUCUGAAAGACCAUUGGGAAUGUCUUUUAAAGGAGAAAAAAAAAACAAAGAACAAGUGAAUAAAAAAAAAAUGCAAUUAAAAAUCACAUUUAAUAUAUUGUUUUAAAUGGAAAAAUACAAUUUAAAAAAUGUUUCUUGAAAGUAGAACAAGACAAUGAGGAGCAAUAAUAAUGAUAAUAAUAAUAAAAAGCAGUGUGAUUUCUUUAAAACAUAAGCACAUGGCCAUGACCAUGCUGUGUGUGUUUGCGUGGGUGUGAGACAAAUCAUCUCAGAGAAUCGCAAUAUCAUUUUUAGGUAAGAAAAGGGGGAUUCACAUAUUUUGCAGAAUAUGCUUUUUGCAGAGACAAUACAAAUAUGUAUUUUUGCAGCACAUCUGACAGCUUGGUUUUGCUGUCUUCACCGGUCAGCGUCCUUUUGGGACCUAGAACAGCUUUGACAUAUCUGAAUAAUAGCACAGUGGUGACUUGGGCAGAAUAUUAGAAGAGGAGAGAGAAAGGCAGUGAGUGCUGUUAAGCAGCGACUUGCACUCGCAGCAUCACUGCCUUCUCUCAGGGAAAAAAAGCCCAUGGACAAGGCAGACAUCCUCUGCUCGCUUGGCUGUUUAACUCGUAACAAUUUCUACUAUUCCUCCGUCACAAUGAGCGAAAGGUGACCUGCAAGCACCCCGUAUCAGGAGCCCCCUCCCAAGACAACUGCAUCUUUGUUGUAAAUGAACAUGCGAAAUAUGGAAAGCUUGUGCAUCCUGAUAAGCCCCUUGAGGCUGACACCAGCUCCAAAGACAGAGCAGGAGCAGGAAAACGGCGGUAGUAAGAAGGACCGUCCCAUGAGCACCAUGAGCGAAGCGUCCAACUACACAGGUGGCUCGGACAACAGCACCUUUGCUGAGAGCCCUGCCACCACUGUGACUAUCUCUUCUUCGUUCACACGGCCCUCCAGGUCUUCCAAAAAAAUUCACAACUUUGGCAAGAGGUCCAACUCCAUCAAGAGGAACCCCAAUGCCCCAGUUGUCAAAAGUAACUGGCUUUACAAACAGGACAGUACAGGCAUGAAGCUGUGGAAGAAGAGGUGGUUUGUUCUCUCCGACAUGUGCCUUUUCUACUACAGAGAUGAAAAAGAAGACACCAUCCUUGGCAGUAUCCUGCUGCCGAGCUUUCACAUCUCCAUGCUGUCCGUGGAUGACCACAUCAGCAGGAAAUAUGCUUUUAAGGCCACUCACCCCAAUAUGAGGACGUACUAUUUCUGCAGCGACACGGCCAAAGAAAUGGAGUCCUGGAUGAAAGUCAUGACCGAUGCAGCCCUUGUCCACAGUGAACCUGUCAAAAGGUUGAACAAGAUGAAAGUAGAUCAGCGAGUGCCUCAGGAGAUGAACAACGUACUGAAUAACAGACUCUUCCGCCGACCUGAGAUUGAAAACAAUGAACGAAAUCGGGAGCCUGUUCAUCAACACUCCUUAUCAUGGACGGAUGACAAACAGCUAAAAGAUGCAGAUAAACUCCACAGCCAGAAGGAGCAAGAGUGCUACACGUUACAGAAUGACAGGGAGAGGUACUGUUUAAAGCAAGACGGAGUGAGCUACAUGCUGCAGAAGGAUGGUGAUAAAUAUCUCGUCCACAAGGGAGGUGAAAAGCACUUGGUGCGAAAGGAUGGAGAAAAGUACUCUGUUCACAGGGACCUGGAAAAGUGCUCAGUUCAGAAAGUGGAUGAAAAAUACACAGCGACACCAACCGACGAAAAAUAUGCUCACACUAAAGUUGGUGAUAAAUAUUUUGUCUCAAAAGAUGGAGAGAAAUACACGCUGCAAAAAGUGGGAGACCGGGCCAAUCUUAUGAAAGACACACAGAAAUACAUCCCUCAAAAGGAAGUGAGGAGACAGCUUUCAUUAAGGGAGACACCAAAUAAAUAUGGUACAUUACAAAUUGUGGACAAAUACGGCACUGUGAAGGAAGUGAGGAAGUAUAGCACACUACGAGAAGGGGAUAAAUACGCUACCCUUAGAGACUUGGAAAAGUAUGCUACGCUUCGUUAUGGGGAUAAAUACCGUUUUCAGCAAGAUCCCAUGGCAGAGAUGUCUCGCACUAAACUCAAGCUGCAGCCAGCUCAGGCAGCUGCCAUUGCAGCCGCUGUGUCUGCAUCCCGCCAAGGCCACCAGGCCAACAUCACCCCACCAAAGCCUGCACACGUCAAUGGAUCAGGGUCAGGAGAUCAUGCAAGCGACUGCAGCCUGACAGUGGAACACGGAAGCCAGGCCACCAUUCAAGCAACUCCAGUUCAGGAACAAGAGAGGUUGUCCAGAAACAGCUCCACUCAGCAAUUGGAGCACUUGGCCCGAAUACACAGGGCUCGAGGGACGGAAGAGGACACCAGAAGCGUUACAUCCUACCAGACCUUACCGAGAAACAUGCCUAGCCACCGUGCUCAGCUUGUUCCCAGAUACCCAGAGGGCUACCGCACACUACCCCGCAACAGCAUGAUAAGGCCUGACAGUAUCUGCAGUGCAGCAGGCUCUGUGUAUGACCGAGCUCUGCGACCUGCAUCCACAAGCACUGUCACCACGGCAGAAAAGAGGAGAUCGAUGAGGGAUGACACCAUGUGGCAGCUCUACGAGUGGCAACAGAGGCAGGCCUUCUCCAGGCAAAGUCUGGCUCAGCCAACAGGUCAUUAUGGUACCCUUGCCAGCACAAAGACAAUGGGCAACAUAUCAGAACAUGCCGCAGUACACUCCAUUCCCCCCUCACCAUCUCACGGGUCAUUGGCCCUCUACAACACCCUCCCCACUCCCUGCCAGCAAAGUGUUACCAACGCCAACAGCUCCCUCUCAGAGGUGCCAUCACCAAUCAUAAGAGAAGAUGGGACACUUGACCGCCGGCACAGGACACACCUCGCCAAGUUUGGAAGCACACUAGAUCGCCGACCCGUUGUAGCCGGUGUUCCAUCUCAGCCCAUUACUCCUCAGUCAUUACAAGGGAAGACGCCUGAGGAACUCACACUGAUGCUGAUCAAGCUUCGCCGGCAGCAGGCAGAGCUCAACAGCCUGCGGGAGCACACGGUAGCCCAGCUAAUGGCCCUGGGCAUGGAGGGGCCCAACCCCAAGACUGAUGUUCUUUCCCACCAUCUUCAGAGGAACCUUGUUUACCUGCAAAACCAGAAAAAAGAGAACGAACCUCUUAUCUUCAUGAUUCACACUAUGAUCGAGAACUCGGCACCAAGGCCGCAACUCUACCAGCAAAUCAGUCCAGAUGACUACAAAGAUGGUUACUUUGUCCAACACAGAGAAGACAUAGAUGCCAAACUAAGCAGAUUAUGUGAGCAGGACAAAGCAGUGAGGAUGCAAGAGGAGAAACUGCAUCAGCUACAUCGAGAAAAGCACACUCUGGAGACAGCACUCCUGUCUGCCAGUCAGGAGCUAAGUGAACAGAGCAAUUCCAGUACUUUAGCCACACAAAGCUUGGUUCAGCAGAGAGAUGUGCUACAAAACGGUCUGCUGAGCACCUGCAGAGAACUGUCUCGAGUCAAUACGGAGCUGGAAUGCUCGUGGAGGGAGUACGAUAAGUUGGAGGGUGAUGUCACUUUGGCCAAGUCUAACCUACUGGAGCAGCUGGAAGCCCUGGGCAGCCCACAGACAGAACCUCCAAGCCAGCGGCACAUUCAGAUCCAGAAGGAGCUAUGGAGGAUCCAGGAUGUGAUGGAGGCACUGAGUAAAAAUAAACCACAGCGCAGCACAGACAGUAAUUUGCCUGAUUCCAAGCCACUCUCUAGUCUACAAAAGAAUGAGGCAGUGACGUUGCUGCCACUCAGUCCUCUCAAGGACGACCACGGCAUUCCCCCUCGUCCACCACUUCCACAGUACUACUAUUCAUCAGAGCACCCCCUUCACAUGCACCCCCACCAUCCAAACUCCAGCAGCCGUCCACCCCCUUACACACAACGUCCUGAGGACCGCAAAACCGGCUCUAGGAAUGGCACACACAGUGUAAGAGCAACCGAAAAGCAAGGUCCAGACUAUCGGUUAUAUAAGAGUGAACCUGAGCUGACCACAGUCAAAGAGGAAGUGGAUGAAGCCAACGGCGAGAACAAGGACAAGAAUGAAAGUGCCCCGGAGAAUGACGACAUUGUGCCCUCAAAAGCUGUGCCCCCCUACCCAGUGGGCAUUGUUGCACCUAGGACCAAAUCUCCCAUGAGCCCUCCUGAGUCCACCACUAUUGCUUCCUACGUGACACUGAGGAAGACCAAAAAGCCUGAAUCCAGAUCGGAUCGUCCCAAAAGUGCAGUAGAUCAGGUCGGCUAUGGGGAGAGAGAAGUGGGCAGACCCAGGAUGAGUGUUGAGGAGCAGUUGGAAAGGAUGAGGAGACACCAGGAGGCCUCUUCUCUUCGAGAGAAGAGGAGAGAGGCCCUAUCCCGCUCACAGUCUUUUAGCAAAGAUGACCCCUAUGUUAUGCUGCAGGCCCGGGCCCAUGCAGAGGGAGCCUGUGCAGACCCAGUGGAGUUGGAAGCGGCCCUGCAGCAACUGAAGGCUGUUCAUAAUGAGCAGAGCACAGAGAGCGCGCUGACUACAUCACAGGAGGUGCAGAGAUUAGAGGAGGUGGAAACUGACCAAUGUGAAGAAGCAUCGCAGGACAGGGAAAUGCCCCUGCCAAGUGGAUGCCCGCUGCAAUCUGAAACCAAUGACGACACAGAAAAUGAGCGGUGUGAGCGGCAAAGGGCAAUGAUUUUGGAUACGGCCACAGAGACCCAGCAUGUGGAGAUUGUUAACCUUCACCACUUUGAAGAUAACAAAAGCACAGAAGAAGAUAUGACCAGAUCCUUUAAAUACGCCAAUGAAAAUAGGUUCCAGAAUCCUGAUCCAGAGACGCCAAGCCCUGAGCGAAAAGGCGAGACAGAUGUGAUGCAGCAAAACAUCAGGGAGGAGAAGCUGGAGAAAAGACAAGAAUCCUACAAUCAGAUAACAGCAGAUGACAAGAAACACAACAAUAACAACCUGUUAGCUUCACCGAUGUUCACCAUGGUGAACAAUGACACGUGAGCGCCCACCUCGUCAUCCACAGCGUCGUCCCAUAGAGUCCAAAUGUAGCAAGUUUCCAACACUAUGAUGACAUCAUGGCAACAAGGAGAGUGAAAACUUCCAGCACAGUGACCAAAAAAACACAAAUCAUUUUAGGCAUAUUCAUAUCCUAUUAUAUCCCAAAGUUUUUCUAUAUAAGUAAGAUUUAUGGGCGUGUGUGUGUAUAUUAUAUUAUAUUAUGUAUAUUAUAUUAUGUUAUGUAUAUUAUAUUAUAUUAUAUUAUAUUAUAUUAUAUUAUAUUAUAUUAUAUUAUAUUAUAUUAUAUUAGUGUGUGUGUGUGUGUGUAUACAGGUGGUCCUCUGUUGGCGGCGUUCCAGGUUUCACUGUUUCGUGGUUACAUACGCACUGCCAUAAAUGAUUAAUCCAUCCAUCCAUAUUCUAUACCGCUUCAUCCUCAUUAGGGUCGCGGGGGCAUGCUGGAGCCUAAAUGAUUAAUAGUGUACAAAAACAAAAAGAAGUAGUUACGUGCAUCAUGCGUCGGCUGAUUAACACAUUUGCGGACAGGGGGAGUUCAGACAAUGUCACUUGUGUUCCUUUCAGUUAACUUUUUAACUAUAACCUCCAUUAUGUCUCCCGAGGCAGCGAGGCAGACUCGUCUGUUGGCAGUGCGGAAAACAAAAUGAAAUGACACACUGUGAGACGCUCAGUGGAGAAAUCCACAUUGGCUGCAUGUCCGGUCCAAGCUGCUGAAAUCCGGCUAUCAUUAUGAAGGAUAAAGACAGCAUCUUUGAACACGUGAAAGGAUCUUUUACUAUAAAAUGAACAAUGGUAAUGUAGGGAAGUGGUCUCAUUAUUGAGACUUCCUCCUCCCUAUAAGCUUGUCUCACUCCUUGCGACGCCCCUUCCAGUGUGCAAGACAACCACAUGGAUAAAAGUAAGGAGUUCUUUCUUUUUUAUGACUAUUUAAUUUAAUUAUUGUAUUAUUUUUUUUCUUAUAGUAUUUUUAUAUAUCCUUCAUGUGUUCUGUGUACAGUGUGAGUGACUUAGGAGUUAAUUAAUGUACUGUAUAAGAUCCGAUUUACACCAAAACUUGACUUACAUCACAGUCUAGGAACGGAACUCAUACAUAACCCAAGGACCACCUGUAUGACACAUUCUCGGAACCUGCUGAAUAAAAACCUGACGAGUCAAAAUCGAAAGUCGAAAUGCACUCAAAACUUGCUCAUUUUGCUCAAAAGGUAAGUAAACAAUGUCGAAGGAAAACUGCACUUUUUUAUUAUUAUUUUGCCCAUCAUCCACAAUCCGUAUGUGAAACAUAACCACACAUGUCUCUCUUUUUUGCACGUUCUAGAGAGAGAAAAACAGCUAGCAUGUGGGAGCUAACAAUGCAUGUUUGGUUUGGUUUAAUUUUAUUUGAACACAUAUGAAGGUUACAAUGGAGUACACCUCAUGAAUCAUUUCACAUGGAAUGGGACACACCUAUUUUGACUUUAAAGCCCUAAAAAAGAAACUCCAAAAAAUGUCAACAAUGUUCUAUUUACAUAACUGACCUGUAUAUAAACCAAGCUACAGCGACAUUGUUGUUGUAGCAGCUAACAUGAAGAACUGUUUUUUUGGUGUAGUGAUGCAGUGCCUCUCGCCACUAGCGAGAGGUAGCGAGCCCACCCCAAAACAGUGCCAUAGGACACCAAUCUGUACUGGCUGGGAAACAAGCACAAGCAUAUGAACAACUAUGAAUAGACAACCAAAUUAUCUGUAAAGUAUUGGCCCACAUUCCAUGUUUUGUUUAUACAUGGCUCGAUGGACUGUGUUGUGAUAUCAUGUGCUAUGUGCUCCAUGUAUCAGAAUCAAUAUCAUGGUGACUUACUCGAUGGACAGUUAGUUGUCCAUCUGGUACAUCUGGUAUGGGGUGUCUUUUCCAGUUUAUUUUGGGUAGGUGGAAUAAAGUUCCUAUCCCUGCGGGGUUUGUUAGAUAACAAUUCUUUGUUCGUUGUGAUGCAGUCUCUUGGAGGAGUGUCCUCCUCGCCAUACAUUCGAAGCCUUUCCAUCGAUGGUAAGACUAGUGCAGCUCCAUAUUUACAGCACCAAGUCAUGCCGGUGUUCAUGACUUGCCCCCCAUCUGCUACGAAGUUUCACCCAUGACGUGCAUUGUUAGCUCCCUCAUGCUAACUGUUUUUCUCUCUUUAGAACACACAAAAAGGGGAAAGACGUGUGCUCAUGUUUCACAUAGUGUGGAUGAUGGGCAAAAUUCCCCCCAAAAAUUGCAGUUUUCCUUUAAAGUAUAUGAAAAAUAGUGGCAAAUAAAACCUUGCACUCACAAAGCAUCCAUGCCAGUGAUAACGAUCGUGAUGAUUGGACACCGCAUGACAUUUAGAUAUCAAUACAUAAUGAACUUAACGUGGUAUUCACAUGGAGUAAUUUCACCCCGUAAUUAUAGCCAAGCUUCUUGCUUUGCAACUGGUGUGUGUUAGAAGCGAAACGGACGGCGUUUAAGACGCUUCCUACGCUAAGUAACGAGCGUGACGGCGGCCGACACGAAAGGUAUCGAUUGUUAUGGCUUCCCAAAGUUCCUGUAAUAAAACGUUAUUAAGGCGAUAUGUAGUGAUAUGUAAAAACCAUGUGGUGUCCAGUCAUCACGAUUGUUAUCACUGACAUGCAUGUUUUGUGAGUGCAAGGUAUUGUAUUGUAUUGUAUUUGCCACUAUUGUUAUGAACUUAAUAUUGAACAGUUAUCUUUUUACAUGUUUUUUAUGAUACCGGUUUUGAGGUAUGUAUGUGAACAUAUAUACAGUGUAUGUGUAUAUAUAUAUAUAUAUAUAUAUGUUUCUAUAUGUAUAAAUGUACAUAUUCUGUGUAUAUAUGAGUAUAUGUGUACAUAAAUGUAUGUGUUUAUAUAUGUAGAAAUGUACAUAUACUGUAUAUAUGUACUGUAUGUAUAUGUGUACAUAUAUGUACAUGCAGUAAAUACGUACGUAUGUGCUGAGAAGUUGUACAUGAGCCGGAAAUGCCAUUUGACUAUUUCCUUGAUCAACUAUUUUAAACGGAAUGGGAAAAUCUUUCUAAAUGUUCUGAACUCCUGCUUCCCUGCUAUGUAGUAUUGAGCAGAAUAAGGUUGCACAGAGGAGUCAUAGGCAAAGGUCUGCUUGGAUGUAGCCCAGCUUCCCAUAGCUGAUGUUUUCGCAAGCUAUUUAGUUAACACUGACUCAACAGUAUUGAUUGCAGCCUCAUUGUAUGUUCCAUUGUUGAUGUUAUUUAUCAACAACCAGUUGAUGGCCAUCCACAUUUAAAACAUUUGCGAAGUUUUCAUGUAAGUAUGCCUUGUGUGUAUAUGAAGGAUAUAUUUUGCUUUGUGUUUUGCAAAUGCACUGCGAUAUGUAAGUUGUGGUGCUGUCAGCCUGCUCGUCACGAGAGUUGCGGCCAUUUUUGUUGCCAACGUUUAAGAAUUAAUAACACAAUGCAGUACAGAAAGAGUAUGUUAUAAGGUGCACACAGUGAAAGAAACUGCUUAGCUACAUUAGUUUGUAUGAAGGAGUAUUUAGGCCACAGUUUAAACGAAAACAGAAUUGUAAAAUAUGAUCGUCGGAAUGUUGCGAGUUAAUCGUAUGAAAAUUAACUUAAAGUGGAAUUUUUGUCCUUGGUUUGACAACCAAAAAAUAUAAUCUCAAAAGAAAACAUAUUUUUAAAGAUGUAAUUUUACGGAAAAACGUCUUUUUAAAACACAUAUUCGCACGAUAAAAAAUGUCAACAUAAAUCUCUUUUGAAGACAUAACUUUAUGGAAAAACUUCUUUAAAAAAAAAAACAAUCUCAUGAACAUUUUUUUUUAAGAAAAAAUACUUGUUUUUGACAGAAUCUUUGGGGGAAAAAAGUUUUAAAAAAUCUAGUAUCUCACCAAAAAAUCAUUUUUUAAGACAUACCUUUUGGAAAAUCAUCUUUUUUUAAGGCAUAGUCUCAUAAAAACUUGUUUAAGACAAUAAUACAACAAACAGAAAAUAUAUUUUGUUUUUUUGGUGGUUUCCUGGUUGAUUUUGUUUAGACAUUUUUGUCACUCAGUGGUUGCCGUUGUAAGAUGUCAUCAGGAGAUGGGUUGACAUUUUGGAUGAGUAUUUCUUGUAGCAGGAUAUGAGUCAGAAAACAGCACAUGUAUGAAGCAAUAAGUAGGACUUGAGGACAUAAAAGACAUGUAAGAGAUGUAAAAACUGUAAAAAUUAAAAAUAAUUUAUGUACACAUUAAAAAGGAAAAAGCAAAUAUAUUAUAGAUAUUAUUAUUAAUGUUAAUUAGGUUCAAUAUGCAAAAAGUUCAUACCCCAUGUGUUUUAUAUUGUGAAAUAAA